AGACUGAUUGUCUUUUUCAGGAAAAAUGCCUGAAAAUGAUUGUCAGCUUUCUCUCUUGAAAAUUAAGCCAGGAUUCAAAAUAAUGAUGAUGGGAUCACUGGAAGAAGAUAUUGCAGAUGCCAGCACUCCCCCAGAAGAUCUCCCAGAAGUUUUUGAUGACUUCGAUAUUGAAGACGAGGAAGAGGUUGCAAUAGAGAGCAAAGACGUAUAUUUGGCCAAAGUUGACAAAAGAAUUCGAGAAUAUGAUGUAAAGUUGUUAAACGAACCAAGGCCUGGUAAAAAACUACUUGUUCUUGAUAUUGAUUACACACUGUUCGACCACCGCUCUGUGGCAGAGACUGGCUAUGAACUGAUGCGACCAUACUUACAUGAGUUUCUUACUUCUGCAUAUAAAGAUUAUGACAUUGCAAUUUGGUCAGCUACAAGCAUGAAAUGGAUAGAGAGAAAAAUGGAACUACUAGGAGUCUCAAAUAAUAAUGCUUACAAAAUAAUUUUCUACCUAGACUACUUAGCGAUGAUUUCAGUUCAUACACCAAAAUAUGGAGUAGUUCAGGUGAAGCCACUUGGGGUGAUAUGGGGCAAGUUCCCACAAUACACGCCUGCUAACACCAUUAUGUUUGAUGACAUACGGCGCAACUUCCUGAUGAAUCCCAAUAAUGGCCUCCGUAUCCGUGCAUUCCGCCAAGCCCACAUCAAUCGCACAAGUGAUAAGGAACUUCUAAAGCUCGCAAAGUACUUGAAAGAGAUCGCACAUCUUGAAGACUUAUGUUCAGUCAACCAUAGGAACUGGGAAAAGUUGGUUACUAAGAAGCGCAAAGAGAAAAAGAAGAAGAAGAAACGUUCAGGAAAUGAGUUUGUGCUUCCGGAUUCAACAACGGGGUCUGGUCUCGAAGGUAGCAGCUCAAUGGACUUUGAUAGUGAGAAUGUGGAUAGUUCAGAAGGAAGUGGAAUGACAGACAACAGUGGUAGUGACAGUGGAUCUCUUGAUGGUGCUAAUCCAUAGUGUUAUACCCUAGGGAGCUUUAAAAAUCUAUUUAUUGAUCAUAUUAUCUUUAAAAAAAAUAUUUUUUGUACAAGAUUAAUGUUAUUUUAUAAAAUAUGAAAUUUCUGUUA